AUGGAUGGGUUUGGGUUUCACAUGAGGUGUUGUGCCCAUGUAUUGAAUUUGGUUGUGAGAGAUGGACUACAAGUAGCCAACACCUCUAUUUCAAGUGUUAGAAAUGCAAUUAGGUUUGUUAGAUCUUCACCCCAUAGGGCUGCAAAGUUCAAGGAGUGUGUGGAAUAUGCUAGGAUUGAAUGCAAGAAGUCAGUAUGUCUUGAUGUUUCAACAAGAUGGAACUUGACAUAUUUGAUGUUAGAAGGGGCUGAAAAAUUUCAAAAUGAUUUUGAUAAGCUAGAAAAUGAGGAUGAAGCCUAUAUGGAUUUCUUUGAAGCAGAUUCCCCCCCAGGUAUUCAAGAUUGGGAUAAUAUUAGAGUUUUUAUCAAGUUUUUGAAGAAUUACUAUGAAGCGACAAAGGUUUUUUCUAUUUCAACCAAAGCAAGCUUGCAUACUGCUUUUCCAUACUUGGCUACCAUAUACAGUGAGCUAAAGACAUUAAACAUGGACCUAAAUGGAUUGUUUGCUCAAGUUGCUAGGGAUAUGUUGGAAAAGUAUUGUAAAUAUUGGGUUGAUAUUACUAAGAUGAACCAACUCCUUUAUUUUGGUGUUAUCUUUGAUCCCCGAUAUAAGUUAAGAUAUGUGGAAUGGUGCUUUGAUGAUAUGUAUGGAAAACAUUCAGAAACUAAGAAAUCUCUAUUGAAAGAUAUUAAUGACAAUCUUACAAAAAUGUUCAAUCUUUACAAACAAGAAUAUGAUGCUGCUAGGGGCUUAAUUCCAUCUCCUACAACGGUUGUUUCCCAAGGUGAAGCAGCUGCCAGCGAUGAAAUACCAUCAUAUGUGGCUAGGCAGAAUGCUUUUCAAGAACAUUUGAUGUCUAUUGAUUCACUGGAAGAAGAAACUGAGCUUGAGGGCUAUAUAAAAGGAAAAUGCUUAGCUUUUAAUGAAAGGGAUAAAUAA